AUGCCCGAAGCGGCGCAGCUGGUCACUCACACCCUCAUUGGUCGGCUGCGCGGAGAGGACCCCCACCGCACGUCGACGCUCCGAAGCCUGUCUGCUACCGCGGUGGGACACUCAAUCCAGGCAGAAACGAUAGCGCUGGCGGGCCUCAAUGCUCGUCAAUUCUCUGCACCCAGCACCCAGCACCACCACCCACCCACCACCCAUGCCGUGUGCCCGCUCCCCGGACCAGUGCCGUCGCCAGAUGAGAUUGUCGCUCUCGACGGCGGACCAGAAUCAUCAGACACACAGACACAGGCCGCCCGGUCUGGAAGAGCAUUUCACGCGACCACAAUUCCGCUCAUGCCGUGUUUGACUGUGCACCCCCUCCGCUGA